CGUUUUUAUGAAUAAUUGUAAGGGAAUCUUGUAUGUAUAAAUAUAAUCUGAGUGCGAAAGUUUCACUUCGUUUUAAUAUGAUUGUCAAUUCUUUUUAGUAUAAAAUCUCUUUGUAACAAAUAAUAUUAACUAUGCUUGCGCUACAGGAAUACGGAAGCAGUGAUACUGAUAGUGAAAAUGAAAAGGAUAAUAGGCUUAGCGACGUUAGUAUGGAAGUAUCAACUAUCGGACACGAACAAAGUACAAUUACAUCAACGAUUUUCCCCCACUUUCCAUCGAAGUAUACUUUUAGUAUCAAUGCUGCGCCUGAUGUAGCCCCCAAAGACCCUCAAGGUUCUAUGUUACCAGUUGAUCCAACAAAAAACUACUUAAACUACAAUCCGAAGUAUGAGGAACUUUAUGCACCUGUUAUUGGGCCAGCUAAUCCUUUCAAAACUGAGCAACAACAAGCUGAAAAAAAUAGUCUUGCUGGUUACUUUGAACCAGUUCAUGUUAACGAGUUUCAUUUUGAAUCUCAAAGGAGAACAUUUUCUAGUUAUGGCUAUGCUCUAGAUCCAUCUGUUGAUAGUUCAGCUAAGGAAAGAAAACACCUUGUUGGAGAUUCUAAAGUUGCAUCACCCAAUUCUGUUGUGUCUGUUUUUGAAAAAAUUAAGCCAAGACAAGGAGACAAACGAAAAAAAGUUAGAAAUACAAAUGCUGCAGAUAUUGAAGGCUUCUUAGGUCCAUGGGGUGGUUAUGUUGAUGAAAAGAAAAAUACCAAGCCUUCACCAGAAGAACAAGAGGAAUUGGAUGAAAUUGUAGCAAAAAGACAGAAGCGUGGAAAGCAAACAGAUGAUAAACUAUUAGAAGAAAAGACCAUGCUUCAUAUUAAAGAUCCUUAUGAUUAUCAAGGACGCUCUUUCCUUUAUGUUCCUCAAGAUAUAGGGGUGAACCUUCAAACAGAGGAUCCUCCAGAAAAAUGUUUCAUUCCAAAAAAACUUAUUCAUACAUGGAGUGGUCACAACAAAGGGAUUUCUACAAUCCGAUUUUUUCCUAAGUCAGCUCAUCUAUUACUCUCUGCUGGAAUGGACUGUAGAGUGAAGCUUUGGGAAGUAUACAGUGAUAGACGAUGCAUCAGGACUUACUAUGGUCAUCGGCAAGCUGUCAGAGACAUUUGUUUCAAUAAUAGUGGAACUCAAUUUUUAUCAGCAGGAUAUGACAGACACAUUAAGCUUUGGGAUACUGAAACAGGAGAGUGCAUUUCCAGAUUCACAAAUCGAAAGGUGGCUUACUGUGUUAAGUUCAACCCAGAUGAAGACAAACAACAUCUUUUUGUUGCAGGAACUUCUGACAAAAAAAUAGUUUGUUGGGACAUUCGGUCAGAAGAAGUUGUUCAAGAAUAUGAUCGUCACUUAGGAGCUGUCAACACUAUUACUUUUGUUGAUGAAAAUAGGAGGUUUGUGUCCACAUCAGAUGAUAAAAGUAUGCGUGUUUGGGAAUGGGACAUUCCUGUAGACAUGAAAUAUAUUGCAGAACCCAGUAUGCAUUCUCUACCAGCAGUGACUUUAUCACCUAAUGGUAAAUGGCUUGCCUGCCAGUCAAUGGAUAACAAAGUGAUGAUUUUCUCAGCACUUAAUCGUUUCAAACUCAACAGGAAGAAGGUUUUCACUGGACACAUGGUGGCAGGUUAUGCUUGUUCUGUGGACUUUUCUCCAGAUAUGAGCUACGUAAUUUCAGGAGAUGCCGAUGGAAAACUGUACAUUUGGGACUGGAAAACUACAAAGUUGUAUAGCAAAUUAAAAGCCCACGAUAAUGUAUGUAUUGCAGUUUUGUGGCAUCCUCAUGAAACAUCGAAAGUGGUAUCUGCUGGUUGGGAUGGUUCAUUAAAGUUGUGGGACUAGUUGUUAUCUUUCAUUGUAUUCUGUGUUAAAUGGAAUGUAUCAGCAUAAUCAUAUAUGUUAUUGAUUUUCAUCAGUUUUAUUAUUGACUACUUGAUACAUGUAAUUAUAUUCAUUGUGAAGGGAUUUUAAAUAUUAAAAUCAUGCCACCCAUUAUCUUGUUUGUUUUUUUAUUGAAAGGUUUUAAAUAAUGUAUUUUUAUCUUUCCUUUCUUGUAUAUUUAAAAGACAAGUAGUUUUUUCAAUAAACUGGUGAAAUUAUCAUUAAAUAAUCUUUAUUAUCAUGAAAUUUAUGAAGAACUAAUACUCUUUUCUCAGAUAAAAAUAUCAAAUUAAGUGAAAUACUUUUCAAAUUAAUAUAACAUUGAUUAUUUGGUUGGUCAAAGCUGUCCUUACAUACCCAUUCCUCAGAAUAAUAGAAAUUAAAAUGUUAAAUCCACCCUUUUUUUUUUCAACUAAUUAUAUAUGUCCCUCUUAAAUUGCUGAUGACAGUUUAAUUUGCAAGUUAAUCACCCUGUUAGCUGUUUUAACUGGAAUAUUGCUAGUUUUUUCCAAAUCUUAAACUUCUCUUCUCGUCCUUGUAUCUAGAGUAUCAAGAAGCCUUUAUUUUAUGGAUCCCUUGAAUAAUUUUUUGAACCUUUAUAAAAUCACCUCUAACCCUUUUCCAAAGAGAUAUUAACCCAUCAUAAGAUACCCAUUCAAUUUCAUCCCUGUAAUAAUCAUAGUAGCCCUUGUCUGAAUCCUUUCCAGUAAGUCUGUAUCCGUGAUAAUAUAAAGUGAUCAAAGCUAUAUAUAGUAUUCCAAGGGAGGCUUAAGAAGUGAUUUGUACAAAAAGGUGACUUAUGUUGAAUUGUAAUUAAUACAUUAUAAAUUUUAUUUAACUUAACUACUGGCAAAACUGCUUCAAUUUCCAAAGUAACAUAUCUACCAAUAUGUCAAGAUCCUUUUCUUAAAGCAUGCUAUUUAUUGAGCAGUUUCCCAUCUAUGUUAAAAUUAUGAAAUUUUUUUGAUUGGUAAACAGAUUUUAUAUUAAAUAUAAUUUGGGGUUCAAUGAACAGAAGGAUUCUGGGAAAAGAGCGAGAAAAAUUACAUUUUAUAUGAUUUGCAAGUGGCAAGCAGUUAGUAUAGAAAUGGUUUUAAAACACCAUUGAUCUGAAACUGAUAAAUUAAUAAAAAUGUGGAAAAAAAUCAGAAGUUGUUUGUUUUUAUCAAGUGUUAGGCAUUUUAGUUUUCAAUGCUUUGUCAUAUUUUAGAAUUUAAACUUUAAGAAGUGACUUAAGUUAGUCUACAGUGGGAUUAGAAGUAGAAUGUAAAAGAUUUUAAGUUAGUUUCAAGUUGGGAAAUGUCUAGAAUAUAAAUGAAUUAAUUUUAUUUCUAGAUAAACAAUAAAAUGAAUUUUUUAGUUAAUUUCCAGUUGGGAAAUAAAUGGUUUUAAGUUGGUUUCCAGUUAUGAAAUAAUUGGACUAUAAUUUAUUUUAAGUAGGUUUUCCAUUGGGAAAUAACUAGACAGUAUUUGAUUUUAAGUAGGUUAUUAACUGAAAAGCACUUUAAUACAGAAUCUUCUAUGGAGUACCCCAUGAAUUUCAAUUGGAAUUUUUUUAUAACACACCCAAUUUGCAAUUGGAAAACAACUUACUUACAUUUGGUUUCCUAUUGAGAAGCAAUAAUUAAUGCUGGGUGAUUUAUUGAUUAUCUGUGAGCAUCUAUUAGUGUUACAAAAUAAUCAAUAAAUCAGAAUUAGUGUUUUUGAUUAUUACUGUUCUUGAUUAUUCCAAUAAUUGAAAUAUUUCCAUUAUGAUUUCUGAUUAUUAUAUUUGAUUAGUUCAAGAUUAUUCAACUUAAUCAAUUAGUGUCAUGACUGAUGAAAAAAUCACCUAAUCAAAAUCAGUGUUUCUUAUUAUUCCAAAUCUUGUGAGGAUAAUCAAUUAGUUGUAAAUAAUUGAUUAAUGAACAUAAAAGAUACUUGAUUAGUAAGUUCCACUAACUGACCAGCUGUACUAAUAAUUUGAAUUUUCAGUAGGCCUAAAUUUAAUGUCAUUGGACAGGGGUUUGCAAGAGGCAUGAGUGUAUAAUAGCAAACUGACUUGAAGAAAAUAUCUUGCAAUACGUAAAUUGUUAUGUUUUUAAUAAAAGUGAAAAGUUUCAAUGCUUAUAGCUAUAACUAUGUUGCAUAAUUACAUCAUUACAAUGUCAAGAGUAUUUACAAAUCUGUCUAGUGCACUGGACUUCACUGUACAAAAACACAGUGAAGCUCUGGUUAAUGUAAACAUAUACCAGCCAUUAUUAUGAGUAUUGCAUAUCAGAAUAAAAUUAAAGAAAGGCUUCUUUGCUGUAUACUCUCAGAUAUAAAUCCAGAUGUUGAGCUUGGCAGCAGUACUUUAAAACAACUUGUGUUACUGUACAUAACUACAAGUAAAAAACAUUUUGUAUGUAAAAUGAUAUAGAGAUGGCAGUGAUAAAAAUAAUGCAAACAAGAACAUAGGGAUGAUACAGCUAUACAUAGAUCAUCCCUACAUCACUUUCAAUAUUAAAAUUUAAUGUUACACUGUAAUAUGCAUGAGUACAAAAUGGUUAUGAGUUCAGUCGCACCUCCUAGUGAGAUUCUAUGAUAAUCAAGACAUGUUUUGACUCAGUUUGGUUUUUUUUGUAUGUACGUCAUAAGUUACAAUACAUUUAUGCCUACCCUGACAUGACCAUGAUAUUAUUAUAAACAAACUGCUAACCAACAGUCAGGAAUAUAUAACUUCCAUCUGCAGUAAUAUUAAAGUCAAUAUGCAUUUUACAGUGUAACAUUAAAUUUUAAUACUGAAAGUCAUGUGAGGAUGAUCUAUGUAUAGCUGUAUCAUCCCUAUAUUCUUCUUUGCAUACUCUGGCACUGCCAUCCAUACAUCACUUUACAUUCACAAAAUGUUUUUUAUUACUUGUUUUGUAAUGUGUUUUUUUUCCCUGACUGAAAGUUAUUGUAUUCUACGAAUGUGUGUAAUAAAAUUUAACAUUAUGUA